ACACUCCCCACGCCAUCCCUUGACAGUACACUCGGCACAAUCAGCUGUGCCUGUCACCAUUAUUCACGUUUGUUGUCACUUAAUUACGCCCCCGCGAUAAAGAUAAACUGAAGGAAAACCACAUCGCCAAGUUCAGUGUCGUGGCAAUUGUGUGGCAGAUAGCAAUGUCGACGAUAGAAGAGAAUUAAUACUAAAUAUGUCUCAACCGGACUAUGAGCAGACGACCCACGAUCAUGCGGCCCUUCUGGUCCUCCUGAAGCCCAUUGGCUCUCAGAUAAAGCAGAAGACAGUGUUGAGACUGUGCGAAAGGAUCAUCAAGAGUGGUAGUACACUAACCAUUCCUGAUUCCUCUGGAGGGACUCGAGAGAUUCACGUUAGGUUCGUCAAAGAUCAUCCGGUAGAGAACAGCGACUGGGGUGACUUUCAGACCCACAGGAGACUCCUCGGACUCUUCACUUUUGGAAAAUAUGAAGAUCAGACUGAGCUCAAUGAACUUUGCAGACUUCAUGAGACUCUAAAGGUUAAAUACAUGUCGACCCUCUACGACUCGCGAGCGAUUCUCUUCGGACCACUGGAGUCCCCAAUGAUACAUGAGCCUCCAAAAGACUUCACCACCCCCUCAAACUGCAAGACACGGGCGGCCUUCUACAGCGACGAGCAAUGUCCAAGUCUCGAGUCACAAGUGAUCGAUUGUCUGAACUCUCUCUUCUGGAUCCUCGAGGCGCAGCGCCUGGAGAGGUCCAGAGAGAAGAUAGAUAGAGUACCCCUGCUAUUGGCCCCCUUCGAAAAGAAGGACUUCAUAGGUCUAGACCUGGAGUCCAGGAAUAAUCGAAAGCGUUGCGUCGGUCGAAUGACAAAGCACUUGGGGGACCUCUGCCUGCAGGCGGGCCUGUACGCAGACGCCUUGAACCACUACACUUCCGCCGCAGGUAUUCUCCAAGGGGUGAACGACUGGCUCUGGCUAGGGGCAGCCUACGAGGGCCACUGUGCAGUGUCCUCCCUAAUCCUCUAUCCCAACCUCCGCAGAAAUCUCCCACUCCAGCGAAACUCCUCAUUGCAAGAAGGAUCGCCAGGUAAGAAUCGGCGAGGCUCACAGCCCCUGCCGGCCCUCCCCCUUCCGCCCUCAAUCGAAGAGCUUAAAGCCCAGAUGCCUCACAUCCUCCCGCCGGAGGACAUCCCCAAGAAGUACUCCCAAGCCAUUGUCCACUACAGCAAGUACCAGAACGCGGGCAUAAUCGAAACUGAGGCGAGCUUUAAAGCCACCAGAAUCUCGAUCGAGCAGAAUCGCACUCUUCAAGCGGCGUCCUUUCUGAACAACGUCGUCUUCAACAACAUUGACUGGAGUGAGCAAGAGAAGAUAGACAGAUUCACCAAGCUGUCCGAACUUUUCUCAACAGUUGGCUUUGCCCGGAAAGCCUCAUUCUGCAUGAGACUGGCAGGAACAAGACACAUCUCCCAGAAAAAUCCAAACCCCGACUGGCAGCAGUGCUACAACCUGGUCCUGGCGUCUUGUCCGGGAUUUAAGCUGUCGUUGGAUCCACCUGAGAUGACCAGUAAUCGUCGCCGAGGCUGGCCAGCGAUUCAGAUAAAAAUCAUCAACGAGCUGAUCGUCGCGGCCAACAGGAUGGGUAACCUUGCAUUAGCCACUAGACACAUGACCUUUCUGCUGCAGACAAUGUUCAAUUAUCUGACAUCAGCGGAACGGAGGGACGUUGCACUACAGUUACAGAGCGUUGCACAGCAGUGUGAAGGCGCCCCAGUGCCUCUGGUCCUUUCUUCCGGGAUUGUCAUCCCCCCGGCGAAUCUCACAAACAUUCCACGGACGAGAUCAUUCGUCCUGAAGAACCUUCAGCCCCAUCUCCAGCCGCAGAAAAUCGAGAGGGUCAAGGAGGAUCAUGGACCUUUCCUCUUCACCCCCAUUAACUUUGGAUCCUUGGAAAGACGGACAAAAUCCAAAAGUAAGGUUGAUUAUCUGUGGGUGGAGGGAGACGUCUGCGAGGUCUCCUUACAACUGGUCAAUCCCCUUCCGUUCGAGCUGAAUGUCUCCAAUAUGAGACUGCUCACGAGUGGGAUUGUCUUCGAUCCUCUCCCAGAGAGCAUCACACUCCCCGCCGAGUCCGGACCCAUCGCCGUGACCCUCGCUGGGACUCCGAAAGAGAUCGGUGAGUUGGACAUCCUGGGCUACAGCACUCAUACCCUGGGUGUCAAAUCCAACUGCCGGCUGAAGAGCAUAGAGGGCAUGCCCCAUCCUCAGUAUUCCGUGGAGGUUGUCCCCAGUCUACCGAGAAUCGAUGUCGCCACCAGCCUCCCCCAAACCGCCAGUUUCUCCACCGGCGAGAAUAUUGUCACCAGCGCCAGUAUUUCCCUUUACGGGGGUGAGAGAGCAGAAUGCACUAUCACCAUUACCAAUAUUGGACAGGUACCCAUUGAGAUGAUCGAGGUAUCUAUCAAGUCCGCCCUCGAUGCAUCCACAGAGUCCCGAGUCUUCAAGUGGAGCGAUGAAAACUUGAAGACACAACUACCACUCCAGCCUGGGACAUCGGCUAGUCUCACACUUUAUCUGUACGCUGAUACAAAUUUUGUUGUGCCGAAUAAACAGAUGAACAAUUCUUUCGGGAGGGGCUCCCUAGGGAACUCUGGGAGCAAGUCUCUACCCUCGAGGCUCACUCCCUCCCAUCACACGAAGAGGCAGAGUGGACUGACUUCCUCAAUGCGCGCAGCACUCAGCUCACAUUCUUCCAAUUCAUCGAGUUCCGGAAAUCCCAGACUUUCAAAACUAGCCACUCCUGUGGUGGCGUCCAACAUCAUUGAAGGACAGCUCAAAAUCCGGUAUUCCGGGGCUAAUGGACUAACAGCUGGCUUCUGCAGGGUAUCAAGUGUCUUUAUCACUAUUGAGAUGCUGCCCAGCGUCGAGAUCACCAGCUGGGAUGUACUCCCAGCUGAAACUCCCUCGCAGUUCUACCUCGUGCUUGAUGUCACUAAUAUGACCAAUCACGAGAUGGAGCUGCACUAUACACAGAGCAAGUGCAUAUAUAUGGAGGGCAGAGAGUCCUGCAGGAUCCCGGUGCCUGCCAAUAGGUGUCCGUUGAACAAACUCGCAGCCAUGAGUGAUGGGGAGUUGCAGAAAAUCUGCGCUGAACACAUUGCGGGCCUCGUGGACCUCAAGUGGCAGCUGCUCGGGACUGAUGCCACUGGGAAGGCUGGCAUUGCUGGCAUCUCUUUCACGCAGGAUAUGCUGGAUCUCGUGAGGAUGAGUCCACUUCAGUGGGAGGUAAUCAUCAAUGACACCGCUGUCAAACCACAAGAUGAAAUAACUUGCGGAUUGGGAGAAUGCGUGAGCAUAGGAGUCGGUGUUUGCAAUGCUCUGGAGCAUCCCCUCAGUGAUUUGAGUUUAUCAAUAAAUUUUUAUCAGGAUCAUCACAAUGGAGUCAACAAUUAUCGACUCGACACGAGAUUAUCUAUUGCCGGAGCCAACAAAGUCAUGCUUCCCACGUUACAGGAAUAUGGGAGGGCCUAUCACGAGUGUCGUGUAGUUUUCUUCACAGCUGGACAGUACAAAAUAGAUAUUCAAUGCAGUAGCCAAAAAACAAUUUCCAAUUCAAACAGCAUAUGCUCGGAUAUCAUGAAUGCAGGCCAUAUUUGGAGAUAUAUACCACCUAUUGAAAUUGCUGUAGAUGAUUCCUAAUGUUGAUAGUGAUUUAUUGUCGUUGAAAAUAUGAUUAUACUUAUUGCCAGUCAAAAUGUUUAUAAGCUUAAUAAAGAUGAUUUUUCAUAUUA